UAAUUACACUUAUAACUCAAGACUUGAAAGACAUGACACGGAGAAUAAUAUAUACAUUAUUUAUUAUAUGUUUUUAUGUUCCAAAUAUUCUUCAGACAUUAUUGAUUACAUUAUUUUGGCCAAUCAAUUUUUACUUUGUUAAAGCAUGCGUAUUUGUACUGAUUCUAUCAUUAACAAGAAAUGUGUCCUACUUUGCUGAUAAGGUACCUGGUAACUUUCUGGCUACUUCAACAACAUUGACUCAAUGUGGAAUUAGGUCUACUCUAAAAGGAAAUAAGAAAGCUAUCUUAAAAGUGACACAAAUAUCAAUAGAAGAAAUGCACGAAAAGCAGGAAACAAUGCAGACGAAAAUUGACGAAAUUGACAAGAUGCAGACAACAAUGCAGAAAACAACGCAGACAACAAUUGAUGAUAUGCAAAAAACAAUGCAGGCUAAAAUAGAUGAAAUACAGAAGAUAAUGAAUGAAAUAAAAACAUCAGUGGAAGAGACAAAAUAAAAUGUAACCAAAGGAAUAAUGCGGAAAACUAUCCUUAUUAAAAUUUUUAGUUUAUUUAUUUUUUUUUUUUUUAGUUAAAUUAGU